GCCGGUUUUACCUGUUUUUAACGUGUUUUUUCACGUUUAAACCUGUUUUUGCGAACGUUUUAGAGACACGGCUUUGAUUUCGACUUUAUAUUUCACAAUGUCGUAAAAAACUGCGGUGAAAUGGGCUGAAGGACGCUUGGUGACGCAGACUUGGGAUGAGCGCGUGGACACACUCACCUGUGUUACACCUGCGCGUUUAUGAUCCAUUCUGAAUAAUUUACACUCCAUCGUAAAUGAGACAGUGAGUAAAGUCCGCUGUGGUCCUGGUCCUUUGUCAAGACUUGUCCCACAUGGUUUAUUCUGGUCCAACUCCUGUUCCGUCGUGUUUGGAAUUCUGUGGCUCAUUUUCUCUCAUUUCAUUGAAAAUAAAUGAUUGCGGCGUUUCCAGACUUGAUUUUUGCCUAUUUUGACUCAGAGAAGAAUCCGCAGAACCAGACCAGGUCCAAGUAAAGACUCUGUAGGACUUGUCCAUCUGAUUUUACACAGAGUAAGACCCCACAGAGACAACAGGGAGGGCAUCUGACACACACAGGGAGGGCAUCUGACACACACAGGGAGGGCAUCUGACACACACAGGGAGGGCAUCUGACACACACAGGGAGGGCAUCUGACACACACAGAGAGGGCAUCUGAUACACACAGAGAGAGGGCAUCUGACACACACAGGGAGGGCAUCUGACACAGGGUCUUUUAGGUCUUUGCAGAGGACUAGAGAUAAACGUUCAAAUCAAAAUUAGUAUUUGGGACUUUUCUAAGAUGGAUCUCCGUGUUGUUGUGAGCGCGUGUGGCCUCUGCGUGCUCUUUGACCUCCUGCUCUCCUCACUCCUCCUCACCCAAGGCUUCAGCCGUGGGCUCGUUCCUCCUGGUUUAGCGGAGAUGUCGGGUUUGGUCCUGGCGCUCUGGGGGUGCUCAUGGCUUCGCUCCUCCAUGCUGAUUGGCGCUUGUCUCGGGGUGAUGUGUAACCGACAGGACGGCCCUCGGAGAAUCUCCAGAUCUGCUCCGGCGGCGCUCCUCGUCGCCAUGGUGAUGGUGACGUUUGCGGUGGCGGCGCUGUUGGCUCUGACCGAGGUGGACUCUUUGAAGAACCAAGCGUGGGAGAUGGGUCUGAUCAGCUGGACCUGCAUCUCCUCCGUGGGGCUGGUGCUGAUGUGGAGGCUCCUGGGGGACGCACGAGAUACGACUGCCCCUCCUUCGGCUGAAGACACUGAGAGGCUACUGGAUGCAUCAGAGGACCAGACCGGAGCCAAAGUCCUGGGUCAGAACCAGGACCAGAAUCAGGACCAGAGCCAGUCCAGUCCUGGGGCCAAAGAGGAGCCAGAAGAGACAAACUCAGGAGCCACACUGGGACGGCUCCUGUGUUACUGCAGGAAAGACUCUGGACUCCUGACGGUUGCAACGCUCUUCCUCCUCAUCUCUGCAGUCUGUGAGGCUUUUAUCCCGUUCUUUUAUGGCGUUGCCAUCGACAGCAUCGUGAAGCAUCAGAGCAUGGAGCUCUUUUCCAGACCUGUGCUGAUCCUCGCCGCACUCGCUGUCGCCAGUUCAUUGGCGAUGGGCGUGAGGGGCGGAGUCUUCACUCUGGUUUUCGCUCGGUUGAAUCUACGUCUCAGGAACCAUCUGUUUAGGACCCUCAUGAAGCAAGAGAUCGGCUUCUUUGACAAGAACCACACAGGAGACCUACUGUCUCGCCUCUCCGCAGACGUGACUCAGGUCAGUGACCUGGUGUCUCAGAACCUGAACAUCUUCUUGCGCAGCGCUGUGAAGGCCUCAGGCUUCAGUGUGUUUAUGUUCAGACUCAGCUGGAGACUGUCGCUCGUGUCCCUCAUGGGCUUCCCCUUCAUUGGCCUGGUGUCGCAGCUCUACGGGGACUACUACAAGACUCUGACCAAAGAGGUGCAGUCCACUCUGGCCGAGGCUAACCGCGUUGCCGAGGAGACGGUCUCUGCCAUGAGGACAGUGCGGAGCUUUGCCAAUGAGCAAGGCGAGGCGGAAUCGUACUACAGCAAGCUGCUGCAGGUCUUCAAGCUGAACAGGAGACAGGCUCUGGCCUAUGCCCUCUACAUGUGGUCCAGCUGUCUGUCCGAGGUGGCGUUGGAGCUGGCGGUCUUGUAUUAUGGAGGACACCUGGUGGUCUCGGGGCAGCUGUCGUCUGGAGCUCUCAUCUCGUUCUUCAUCUACAUGCUGCAGCUCGGGGAGUGUCUGGAGAGCAUGGCGUCCGUGUACACCGGCCUGAUGCAGGGGGUGGGGGCAGCGGAGAAGGUCUUUGAGUAUUUGGACCGAGAGCCUGAGCAUUCUGCAGAACAAGGAACUGAAGAACCAGACACCUGCUCCGGACUGGUGGAGUUCAGAGACGUCACCUUCAGCUACCCUACAAGACCACACACACACGUACUGAAGGGCGUGUCGUUCACUCUGCACCCUGGGAAGGUUACGGCGCUGGUGGGGCCCUCUGGUGGUGGAAAGAGCUCCUGCGUCAGCCUAAUGGAGAAUUUCUACCUGCCACAAAGUGGACAGGUGCUACUAGAUGGGCGCCCGGUGCAGAGUCUGAGGCACCUGUAUCUUCACUCAAAGGUGGCGCUGGUGGGACAGGAGCCAGUUCUUUUUGCUCGGAGUGUGGAGGAGAACAUCUCGUAUGGCCUAAGUCAUGUGACCAAAGAGAACAUAGAACGCGCCGCGAGAGAAGCCAACGCCCAUGACUUCAUCUGCUCGCUGCACCAAGGCUACGCCACCAGCGUGGGUGAGAAGGGCGCACAGCUUUCGGGGGGUCAGAAACAGCGAGUGGCCAUCGCUCGAGCUCUGGUCAGAAACCCCAGAGUCCUGAUCCUAGACGAAGCCACCAGUGCUUUAGACGCCCACAGCGAACACAUGGUGCAGCAGGCCCUGAUGUCAGUGAUGAAGGAGCGCACAGUUUUGGUGGUCGCUCAUCGUCUCAGCUCGGUGGAGAAUGCCGACCACAUCGUCGUAAUCGUAGACGGGCGCGUGGCGGAGCAGGGCACACACGCCGAGCUCAUGGACCGAAGACAGGUCUACCACAGACUGGUCCAGAGACAGGUCCUGGGACUGGAGGAUCAGGACCAGAGACCGGACCAAAAACUGGACCAGAGACCAGACCAGAGACCAGCGGAGGGAACCGGCAGACGUAGGAGAGAAAGUUGCGAUGGAGAAGCAGAGUCUGUGCCUCGACUCUGAGGCUCUGAAUUUGUAUUUAAAUUUAAAGGGGAGGUUUUCCUCAAAAUGUCCUUUUUUAUCUUUGUCCCAUGUUCUAAUGCUGUUCCCUCAUCAAAAACAUGAAGAGGCUUUAGAUGUCAUCCAUGCAUGUUUUACUAAACUAGCGACAUCUCUCUGGUCCUAUUCAAACCCUCCUUACAGUUAGAAGUUCAUCCCUGUACGAGGCUCUGCCCACACGCCUAUAUCACCCAUGAAUAAUGCUGAUUUAUUCUUAAUCACAAAAACAUUGGACAUGACGUCAUUUAUUUCUGUUAUAAUCUGGUGUUUUGGUUGAAGACGAUUAUCCAAUCAGAAAGCAGAUUGAGUGUCACAUGACUUUCAUUUGGGUUGCCAGGUUCAACUGAAAUCCAGUUGCUUUUGUAUUUUAUUUUCUAUCACUGAUCACUCUACAUAUGCUGUUUAUGUAACACAUAAGUACAUUAAGGCUUGUUUUUUAUUAUUUAAAAUAUUUAUACUUUAAAUGAAUGUGAAAAAUCAUCAUAAAAUGGUG